CACUUGAGGAUUACCAUAAACUUAAGAAAUUCAUCGUUUGUAUCGUCGCAGGAACGCUUUAUAAAACUGAUUAAAAAACUGGAAUCCAGCGCAGAGGCAAAGUUGACUUUUCAUGGAAUCGUUCGGUCUAGAAAUUCCUUGCAAUUUAUAAAAUUACACAAUUUAGAAAAAGAGGAUCAUGCCGGAAAACCAAAUUUUCGUUCAGAAUAUUUCCGAUGUUCAUUCUUGGGAUUUGCUGAAGCAGGGGAGCAAUGGCGUGCCCCUUCUCGACUUUGGCUUAACCCCAACCAACGAACUAUUUUCUUGCUGUCACGGAGUAGAAAUUAAUCAAAAGUCGGGAACAAUUCGCAUAAUACUUGAACCUGUGAGGGAAUUUGGCAGCGCCGUCCCACUUUUUCGGAGGGAAGACGUCCUCCAAAUUCUCGGAGGCAAUGUCGAACACCCGGUUUUAAGCUUGACCAGCACCGUUGAACCAUGGUCCGUGUCAUACACGCCGUCAACGAUGAAGGAUACCGACAUCUUGGUGACGAUGAUGCACACCUUGCAUUGGGUGCAAGGAUUGUUGCUCAAGGAAUCUGGGGAUGAAUUUAAAAAGCAGCUUCCUCCAAAUUUGGUUGAAAAUUUGGGCGAAAUCGUGAGCAAUGAUGACACAUUUUUUAUUGAAGUUGGACAGGUGGAAAUCAAUCGACGUGAAUUUAACGAUGAAAUCAUCUACCAAUUUGGAGAAGUGCAUAUUAACAUUAGAACCAACACUGGGGAAGCCAAUGCCCCAUUUGCCAAGUUCCUCAGUGAACAUCUCUCAGAUAUCGGAAAACAAUACCCAAUUCUUCUCCGUCUCCGAGAACUUGCUAAGCUUUGUGCCAUUUGUGAAAUACUGAUUGACAAAAGGAGAUGCGUUCAGAACUUGAAGAAUGCCUUGGACCAUCACACAUCAGAUAUUGCUCCUCUUGAAGAAAUCUUUCCGCACAUGUUUUCCGUAAUUAAGAAUGACGAACAUCACGUGUUGAAAGAAUUGGCGGAUUAUCGAUAUGGUCGAAACCCACCGCAUCCCAUUUAUUCGGAGGACAAUGUUCAGAAAGAGUGGAGAAUGCAAGAAACGCGGCAUUAUCACCGGGACAGUGACGAGGGACAGAAGGACAGGAUUCUAGAACAUAUUAGGGAACAUCUUCGCCACCAAGACGUUAAACGGUUUGACCAAGUCGCAACCCAUAUUUCGACACGGUUUCACGUCCCGUAUCAUGAAGUUCGGCCACUAAUACAGUUUUACCUGGAUAAAAAUCCUUCAAUAUUGACAAGAUUGGGUAAAAUGUGCUGCGAUAGUUUGAGACAAAAACGGCUUAAGGAAAUUGUGUGCAGUUUCAAUCUCGAAUUGGACAUGAUUGGUAUUAAGCAACGAAGUGUCGUUGAAUCUGCUGUAUCACUUCCAAAAGCGGUUGGAGGCGUUUCUUUGAUUACAAAGCUUCACUAUGUCCCCACUUAUGUCUGCCUUCGUGAAAAUGAACAAAUAAUAUAUCUGAGUUUGAGAACUCUUAAGCGUGAAAGUCCAAUUCCUCAGUAUAAACAAAGUUAUCAUGAACGGACUAUUGUGGACAAGGGAAAAGAGUCCAAAGGAAUUGAAGCCACAGAUUUGAAUGCAAACAACUCUAGCUCGAAAGGGAAAGCACAGAGAGAAAUUACGUCACCAAAGACACCAGAGAAAUAUAGUCAAGCUAAUAAUUCUCGAAUCUGGAAAAGAAGAAAAAGUGCAUUCAAUCCAUUCACAUCCUCUGCACAGAGGACAGUCGUGGUCAUUUUAUCUUGGAUUUGAGGUCUUAUGCAAGUCUUAAGUUUUACAAAUUAUAGUGCGAAAAUACUUAUGACCUAUAUGCAGUUAUUAUUCCAAUUUUACAUAAUAUAUAUAUGUACAUAUGUCAUAUGUAUGUAUUUGUACUAGAGUUCAAUAAUUGAAAUAGAUAGUUACAAUCAAUAUAGCUUAAGUCUUUACCAAUAUUUUAAGAAUUUAGAAAUUAAAAAAACCCGGUUGCUUUCUUUACCCAUGAUUAUAUCAUAUUUUCCAUUGACCAGUAAUCUUUCAGCUUGCCUUGUACUAGUGCAUAGGAGAAAGGAAAGAGUUUGUAAAUACUUAUUAUGCAAAAAUUGUGUGUACUUCUUCAAUGGUGUCUCACAAAAUCUCGCUAAGAUUUUGCCUUGAGCAUUUAAUUUAGCUUUCGUUGAUAAUAAUUUCUGGGUUGUCCGAUAAAAUUGUUUAUUCACCACUUCCACCACUGCUCUUUCGAUUUUAUUCCCAUUAAUGAAGUCAAGCCACCAUUUGAAUGACAAAAGACCCAGAACCAACUGCUAUACCGUUCGAAAAACUAGAAAGCCUGAGAGUGAAAUUCUCCAUGAAAUUGAAUGAUUGUAAAAAAUCUCACAAUUUCUACUACAAGACCGACAAAAAUUGCAGAGGGGUUAAAAUUCCACCAAAGUCAUUUAGUCGCCACUACAUCACUAUCAGUUUCUGGUAGUUUGAAAUACGUACUGAUGGUAUUGUUCUGAAUGUUAUAAUCGCUGUAUAGGGAUCAGUAUAAUUGAUAAAUAUGUAUUUAUUUGGAAAGUUCUCAUCUAUUAGAUAAUGUAACUGUAAUUACGCCCUGUAACAUCUACAAAUAUGCAUGCACAUAUUUAUGUACGUACGUAAUACAUAGUCACAGCUAGGCUUACUUAUUAUGUCGAUAUAAAUAUGUAUGUAUGCAUUGAGAAUUUUGUAUGCAUUUAUGUAUUCCGAACCACAUAUGUACAUACACAUCGAAUACAAAUACACAUUCA